CCAGUUGUGUGACUCCCCUACCGCUCUGGAAUAGCGUCAAGUUAGAUUAGUUCAGUUGGUCGUCGCCCGCCGAGCGCUCCGCACGCGAUCGCCACUCCUCUAGCCUCGGAAACUCGCUCACAUGGACAACUUUGAAAUCGUAGAAUUCAACUCUUUGAGUGAAACCGUGCAAAGUUUAAUAAAGGAAGCCGUAGAAAUACGAAAAAAGGCCUACUGUCCAUACUCCAAGUUCGCCGUGGGCGCCGCCAUCCUCACCGAGAAAGACUCCAAGGUCUACACGGGAUGCAACAUCGAGAACGCAGCCCUAGCCCCGUCCCUAUGCGCAGAGCGGGCAGCCCUCCCCAAAGCCGUGACAGAUGGCUAUACGAAUUUCAAGAUGGUGGCCGUGGUAGCUCACCAACAGAACUUCACGGCCCCUUGCGGCGUCUGCAGACAGUCGCUCAGCGAGUUUGUCUCGACGGACGGUGAUACGGACGUUUUUCUUAGCAAGCCGACUAUGGAUAAAGUUUUGUGCACGAAGCUGUCCAAACUACUUCCGCUUUCGUUCGUUAACUAUCAAAAAGACAAUAUAAUCACGUAGUAUCGGUGGUAGGAUGUGAGUGUCGUCGAUUAGUCAGAGAUAAAGCUGGAGACCCACUGCGGCGCACGCCACGCACGGAUGUGAGCCAUGUGGAUGUGGCCCAUUGUUAAGGUGCGUUCAGAUCACCUCUCGCAUUGGACGCGAAAAUUUAGCGAUCCUUGCGAAAAUCGUUCGCGAAUAGCGAAAUAGAUGCACAUUUGCCAGCUCUGGACGCACCUUUUGAUUCGUGCGUGCCAAGUGUACAACGGGUGUACAAACGGGUGUGGCUUUAACAAAUGCCUAAAACUUAACCGUGUUCCGCAGUGGGCUUCUAGUUUUAGGCCUCCAUAGACAAUCCAGUCUAUUGCACAAAAGAGAUAGAAAUGAUUGUAAACUAUGUAAUAGUGUAUGGGUGGCUUAAAGGAGUGGGACUUUGAGUACAGU